CCUUAAUGGGCCUGCAGACUUUGAAAAGCGAGUGGAGGGUGGUGGGCGGCCGCGUGCGCCCCUGGUCAGUGCCCUCCUGACAGCACCCGAGUUCCUUAUUUACACUGGCUGCAUGGUUUGUGUGUUUCUGUUUUGUUUCCCUCCCCCUGCAGGGGCUGUUUGCGGGGUGGGGUGGGGGGUUCGCUAUGUCGGAUGACGAUUCGAGGGCCAGCACCAGCUCCUCCUCAUCUUCGUCUUCCAACCAGCAAACCGAGAAAGAAACAAACACCCCCAAGAAGAAGGAGAGUAAAGUCAGCAUGAGCAAAAACUCCAAACUCCUCUCCACCAGCGCCAAGAGAAUUCAGAAGGAGCUGGCGGACAUCACUUUAGAUCCUCCACCUAACUGCAGUGCUGGUCCCAAAGGUGAUAACAUCUAUGAAUGGAGAUCAACCAUUCUAGGGCCUCCAGGAUCCGUGUAUGAGGGUGGUGUAUUCUUUCUCGAUAUCACUUUUACACCAGAAUAUCCCUUCAAGCCUCCAAAGGCCUCAGUUUUCUUUCUAGGAGAGGUUACAUUUCGGACAAGAAUCUAUCAUUGUAAUAUUAACAGUCAAGGUGUUAUUUGCUUGGACAUAUUGAAAGAUAAUUGGAGUCCAGCACUAACCAUUUCUAAAGUCCUCCUUUCUAUCUGCUCACUUCUUACAGACUGUAAUCCUGCCGACCCCUUGGUGGGAAGUAUUGCCACUCAGUAUAUGACCAACAGAGCAGAACAUGACAGAAUGGCCAGACAGUGGACCAAGAGAUACGCUACAUAAACUGGGUUUUCACAAUUCUUACAUUAUUUGUCACAGAAGAGAGCUGCUUAUGAUUCUGAAGGGGUCAGGGAGGGUGGGAGUUGGUAAAGAGUAGGUAUUUCUAUAACAGAUAUUAUUCAGUCUUAUUUCCUAAGAUUUUGUUGUAACUUAAGGUAUCUUGCUACAGUAGACAGAAUUGGUAAUAGCAACUUUUAAAAUUGUCAUUAGUUCUGCAAUAUUAGCUGAAAUGUAGUACAGAAAAGAAUGUACAUUUAGACAUUUGGGUUCAGUUGCUUGUAGUCUGUAAAUUUAAAACAGCUUAAUUUUGUACAGGUUACACAUAUGGCCAUUUAUGUAAAGUCCCUCUAAGACUACAUACUUUUUGUUUAAAACAAAAUUGGAAUUUGUUUUCCCUUCUUGGAAGGGAACAUUGGUAUUUAACAGAAUUUUUAGAGACUGUCAUCUCAUAUAUAUAAAAUGGACACGUGGCUGUAAAACACCAUAUAGGAGAUGAGUAAUGUGUUUUAUUUUAUAUGCCAAUCUACUUUGUUUAAAAAAGGUUUAAAUCAGGACUUGUGAAAACCUGUAGUGAAAUACCUUAAGCUGUUAACUGUAAGGCGUGGAAUAGGAGUUGCUCAGUGGAUUGGUUAUAUGUUGUGGACUACUUAAGUCUGCAUUUGUUACUGUGCUAAUAAACAAUAUUAAAAACCGCCUAAUA